CAUCCUUCCCAAAUUCCACUUUGACACACACACACAAAGAAUAGGGUCAUCCCCAACCCCAAGCAAAGACCAUCUUCGACGAAACUACCUUCAUUCUCAAUUUCACCGACCAUUACCCAUUCCUCAUUUCACUAUCAUCACUCUUAAACCCCAUAUGGAUCACAUGCGUUCCAACUCAUAACUCCACUUUUCUUUCUUUCUUUCUUUCUUUCUCUUUUCGUUCCAUUUCCCAUUUUGCUCCUACCAUGGUUUCCCUCUCAACCACCCCCUUUUUACCCUUCACUGCAAAUAACGCUUCUUCUCCUUCUACUAGAUUUCCACCUCCUAAUUCCCUCUUUCACAACAAGCACGCUAGGGAUCACAGGAAGAUUCUCUGUGCCUGCAUCGCACCGCCGCAAAACUUCAAGAGCCAAGACUCCUCCGCCAUUAAUUUCAAUGGUUCAUCCAACUCAGAACAAUUAAGCACGGUGCGGGAUUAUGGGGAUGAUUCUGAUGUUCUUAUUGAGUGUAGAGAUGUUUACAAGUCUUUUGGGGAGAAGAAAAUCUUAAAUGGUGUCAGCUUCAAGAUCAGGCAUGGUGAAGCUGUUGGAAUAAUUGGUCCUUCUGGGACUGGCAAAUCUACAGUUUUGAAGAUUGUUGCAGGACUUCUUGCCCCGGACAAGGGGGAAGUUUACAUUCGAGGUAAAAAGAGAGUUGGUUUGGUGAGCGAUGAUGACAUAUCUGGGCUUCGUAUUGGACUAGUUUUCCAAAGUGCAGCACUGUUUGAUUCUUUGACUGUUCGUGAAAAUGUUGGUUUUCUCUUGUAUGAACACUCAAGCAUGUCUGAGGAACAGAUAUCAGAGCUUGUCAAGGAAACCUUGGCUGCAGUUGGAUUGAAGGGAGUUGAAGAUCGAUUGCCUUCUGAGUUAUCAGGCGGGAUGAAAAAACGAGUUGCUUUAGCUCGAUCUAUCAUUUAUGACACCACAAGGGAAUCAAUAGAGCCAGAGGUGCUCUUGUAUGAUGAACCAACUGCUGGACUUGAUCCAAUUGCAUCUACUGUUGUUGAGGAUUUGAUUCGCUCUAUGCACAUAAAAGGACGAGAUGCGCGUGGAAAGCCAGGAAAUAUUGCAUCUUAUGUGGUUGUUACUCACCAACAUAGUACAAUCAAAAGAGCCAUUGAUAGGUUGUUGUUCCUACAUAAGGGAAAGAUUGUUUGGGAAGGAAUGACUAAUGAAUUUACAACUUCAACGAAUCCAAUUGUUCAGCAGUUUGCAUCCGGGAGCCUGGAUGGUCCUAUCAAAUACUAGAACAGUAGUGCAAAGUUAGCUAGAUAAAAUGGAUUGUGGCUGGUCUUGGAUACCAUGAAGUGUGCAGAAAGGGAACAAAAUGGAUGUGGCUUUCAUUA